AUGGCUGCAACGGGGCACGACCGGGAGAAAGCCGUCACCCUCGGUGCUAAGCAUCGUCACGGCCCUCUUGCGGAUCCAGCGACUCCCCGCCGACUUUCUCUCUCUUCAGGUUCAAAGCACGACUCGACACAUCGCCGACUCAAGUCCAGACAUAUCCAGCUCAUCGGCAUCGGCGGCACCAUUGGCACCGCUCUUUAUGUUCAAAUCGGUAAAGGCCUUUUGAACGGCGGUCCGGGCAGCUUGUUCAUUGCCUUUAGUUCUUGGUGCACCUUUGUUCUCGCCAUCACCUUGUGCAUGGCUGAAAUGGUCACGUACUUGCCCAUAUCAUCGCCAUUUAUCCGCUUUGCUGGCCGCUACGUCGAUGAGGCGUUUGGCUUUGCCGCUGGCUGGAAUUUUUUCGUCUUGGAGGCGGCCCUGGUGCCGUUCGAGAUCGUAGCCUGCAACUUCAUUCUUCACUUUUGGACCGAGGCUAUCCCUACAGCCGCCGUCAUAGUCAUUGUCAUUGUCCUAUAUGCUCUGAUCAACCUCCUGGCCGUCAAGUGGUACGGCGAGUCCGAGUUUUGGGCUGCCAUCGGCAAGGUGCUCCUCAUCAUCGGGCUCAUCGUCUUCACCUUUGUCGCAAUGGUUGGUGGCAACCCCAAACGUGAUCGUUUUGGAUUCCGCUUCUGGAAAGAACCUGGCGCUUUUGCUCCUCUGUACUAUGAGGGGUCUCUGGGCCAGUGGCUAGGCUUCUUGCAGUGUUUGAUUCAGGCUGCCUUUACAAUCGCCGGGCCCGACUACGUUUCCAUGGCCGCUGGCGAGGCAGAGAACCCGCGAACGGUCAUGCCUCGCGCGUACAACGCCGUGUUCUACAGACUCACAGCCUUUUUCGUGCUCGGAUCUCUUUGCGUCGGCAUCCUUGUUCCGUACGACGACAAGGAACUGGCGGCCGCCUUUAGGAACUCUGCUCCUGGCGCGGCGGGCUCACCGUACGUCGUUGCCAUGAACCGUCUGGGCAUCAAGGUCCUGCCUCACAUUGUCAACGCCAUGGUGCUGACGGCAGCCUUUUCCGCCGGCAACUCAUACGUGUACUGUGCGUCUCGUUCCUUGUACGGAUUGGCAUUGGAAGGCAAGGCGCCCAAGUUGAUGACGAGAUGCACCAGGAAUGGCGUGCCCAUCUACUGCGUCUGCUUUGUGCUGUCGUUUGCCCUCCUUGCCUUCCUGCAGCUGUCUAAGAAUGCGGCGGCGGUGCUGGACUGGCUCGUCUCGCUGGUCACGGCAUCCCAACUCAUCAAUUUCAGCUGUGUGUGCAUAUCGUACCUCUGCUUCCACCGUGCCCUCAAAGUGCAGGGCAUAAGCCGUGACUCGCUGCCAUACAAGGCUUGGCUGAUGCCCUACGGAGCGUACUAUGCGCUGGUAGCCACCGUCACGAUGGUGUUUGUGGGAGGAUACACGGUGUUUCUGCCUGGCCGAUGGAGCGUUGCCGAUUUCUUAUUCUCAUACACUAUGCUUGCUCUCUUCCCUGCCCUCUACAUUGGAUACAAGUUGGUGCGCAAGACAAGGAUUCUCAAACCAGAGGAAAUCGAUCUAGUCAGGGACCUGGAUUCUAUUGAGGACUACGAGCGCAGCUACAUCCCCCAGCCACCAGCGAACCGAUUUGAAAAGAUGCUAGACCUGUUGUUUGGAUAG